ACUCGAGCUCAGACAACAGCCCCCGGCAGACAAUACAAGCCCUAAGCUUUAUCAUGUAUGUCUUCAGUAGCGAACAUCUCCGUGUGUGUUGUUGGUUACAACAAAAAUUACAAGACGUUAGUUAAUUACACGACAUUGGUUAAUUACCCCGGUUAAUUACACCCGCUCCAAGCAGCGGCAUUCUUCCAUUGUUUUUGGAUAAUUAUUGGUAUGCAUCGCACAUGGUGAGUUCGCGGCGCACAUGAUUAUGAUAAAUUCUGCAUUGUUACUGCCAAUAAUGAUCCGAAUAAAAAUGGUGCUCAAAUUUUGAUCAGUAUUCGUGAAAGACGUUGUCAUAUCUGAACUAGCUGCUGCAGUCUGCCUCUUGGAAAACAACGUAGCUAUUGUGAAGAUAUUAUAUAUCACUGUUGAAUAUGUUGUAUCGAGUGCUUUUGUGAACUUUGGACGGUGAAGCAUUUUAUAGCUAGGAGUAAUUCGUAGACAUUUAGAAAAGGAGUUUCCAGACAAACCCACAGAGACUUCAGAAUCAGAUCGAACCUCAUCCAAUAUGGCCGCUCCACCGUCGUCAUCGCUCUCCUCCUCACAAGGCCAAUUGGGCGUGGCCAGCAGUCUCCUUCACUCAUUGGAGCAACAAAGGGAUCACGUGGCUGAUAUAGACCCCGCCCUCACUGCGCAGUUCACGGCGCAGGAGCUCCGAGAUCUGAGGAUGGUAUUUGAUACAUUUGAUAAGAAUAAAAAAGGAUACAUCGAUGCCUUUGAUCUUCGGAGUGCUAUGAGAGUUCUUGGGUUUAAACUUUCUCAUGAGCAAAUAGAUGAAGCUAUAGCUGACAUUGGCAGAAGAAUAGGGGAAGUGAGUUUCCCAGACUUUGUUGAGCUGGUAGCCCAUCGCCAGGGAGACUCAAGAGACAUCUACGAUGAGAUUCACCAAGGCUUCGAUAUGAUGGACUACGGGAAGAAAGGAUGCCUGAGCACGGAUGACCUCAAGAUGGUUGCCAAGGAAACCGGGGUCAAGGUCAGCGACAGCAUGAUCAGAGAGAUGAUCGAGGAGGCAAGUAGCAGUGGUGACAACACUAUCAACAGAGACGAGUUUGUUGCCAUCAUGUUGCAGACGAACAUGUACAAGGAGUGACGAAAGUCUCUUGUCAACAAACAUUGCAGAAAGACAUGUUUAUCAUUGUGUGUGUUGCCAUCGUGUGCACAAAGUGUUGACAAACGAACUAGAUUUCUUGCUACAAACUGUUGAGAGAGACGAGAUUGUUGCCGUCGUGUUGCAGACGAGAUUGUUGUCGUCGUGUUGCAGACGAAAUAGCCUCGAUGUACGAAAUAGCCUCGAUGUAUAGGCCGCCUCGUCACCGAACGUUGUAGAGACAGGUGUUGUCAGAGCUGAGUGUGAACAUAAUAGGUCAUAGAUAAAGUAGAUGCUAAACACCAUGACGGUUGCUACAAGCUGAUGAAAAGGACGAUAUUUUUUGUCAUCGUGUUGCAGAUGAACAUGUACAAUUAAGAAAUGACGAAAAACGUCGGUACACUCUUCAACAAACUUUGUAGAAAGAGGAGUGUCAUCAAUGUGUGUUGCCGUCAUGUGAACAAAAUGUUGACACACGAAAUAAUCAUUCUUGCAACAGGCUGGUGAUAGAGACGACUAUGUUGCUGCAACGUUGCUGAUGAGGAUUUGCAUACAAUGAAUACUAUGCUCCCCAACAGUUGCCAAAAAAGACAACUGCGUCAACGACUGAAAUGCGAAGAUAUCACGUGACAAGCAACCGGCGACCCUAUUUCUCUCUUGUUGUUAGAUAGUGCUGACAAAGACGAUUUCGUUGCCAUCAUGUUGCAGAACAUGUACAACGAAUAAUGCUCUUCAAUAAAACUUCUAGGAAAAUGAUUAUGUUGUUGAGUGUGGAGAAUAGAUGGCUCACGCCACGAAUCGUUGCUACACGACGGAGGCAUGUUGCCAACAUAUUGAAUCGCGGAAAUUACGUGACAAAAACAUUCAGAAUUGUAUUUAUUCUUGUAAGACGCAUGUGAAGUUUCAAACUGCAGAGCAAUGAUGUGAACUAAUGAUUUAAUGUGCAAAUAAUUAUUACACAUCAAAAUAAUAA